CGCCUGCGCAGUGCGCGGGAGCUGUCAAGCGCCCCCCUCCACCCUGCCUCUCCGCGCGGCGCUGCUCGGGCCAUUUUGCGGCGCGAUGAGGCGGGAGCGGCGGUGAGCAGCGCCCGGCCCCGUCGCGCUGCGCCGCGCUCCGCACCGCCCCGCCCCGCGGGGGCCCGACUCGGCACUGCCUGCGCGGGGAGCGAAGGGGAAGGAAGCCCGGCCGCUCGCAGGGGAGAGCGAGAGGAAAAGAGCGAGACCCCGCCGCCCGCCGUCCCCUCAGCGCCGGCCCUCGGCGGCGCUGCGGGAGCCAUGAGCUGGGGCACGGAGCUGUGGGACCAGUUUGACAACUUAGAAAAACACACGCAAUGGGGUAUUGAUGUUCUGGAAAAAUACAUCAAGUUUGUAAAAGAAAGAACAGAGAUUGAACUCAGCUAUGCAAAACAGCUUAGGAACCUUUCAAAGAAAUAUCAGCCCAAAAAGAACUCCAAAGAAGAGGAAGAAUACAGGUACACAUCAACUAGAGCCUUCCUAGCUACUUUAAAUGAAAUGAAUGACUAUGCCGGACAGCAUGAAGUCAUUUCAGAGAACAUGACCUCUCUCAUCACUGGGGAGUUAACGCGCUAUGUGCAGGAGCUGAAACAAGAGAGGAAAUCGCACUUCCAUGAUGGCCGAAAGGCACAACAGCAUAUUGAAACUUGCUGGAAACAACUUGAAGCAAGUAAAAGGCGGUUUGAACGCGAUUGCAAAGAAGCUGAUAGAGCGCAGCAGUAUUUUGAGAAAAUGGAUGCUGACAUCAAUGUUACAAAAGCAGAUGUUGAAAAGGCAAGACAGCAAGCCCAACUGCGACAUCAAAUGGCAGAAGACAGCAAGGCAGAAUAUUCUUCCACUCUACAGAAGUUCAACAGUGAGCAGCAUGAUCAUUACUACACACACAUACCAAAUAUAUUCCAGAAAAUACAAGAAAUGGAAGAAAGAAGAAUCGUGAGGAUAGGUGAAUCCAUGAAAACUUUUGCAGAGGUCGACCGCCAAGUGAUCCCCAUCAUUGGGAAGUGUCUGGAUGAAAUAACAAAGGCAGCAGAAUCAAUUGAUCACAAGAAUGAUUCACAGUUGGUAAUAGAAGCCUUUAAAUCAGGGUUCGAGCCUCCAGGAGAUAUUGACUUUGAGGACUUCACUCAGCCCAUGAAGCGGACUGUCUCUGAAUCCAGCCUUUCAAAUUCCAGAGGGGAUGGGAAAUCUGAGCCGAAGUUUGGUGGCAAAUCCAAGGGCAAGUUAUGGCCAUUCAUCAAGAAAAAUAAGCUUAUGUCCCUUUUAACAUCCCCCCAUCAGCCCCCUCCUCCUCCCCCUGCCUCUGCCUCACCCUCUGCUGUUCCCAACGGCCCCCAGUCUCCCAAGCAGCAAAAGGAACCCCUCUCCCAUCGCUUCAACGAGUUCAUGACCUCCAAACCUAAAAUCCACUGCUUCAGGAGCCUAAAGCGCGGGCUUUCUCUCAAGCUGAUAACUCUGAAUACACAGGUCUGGAGUCUAAUAGAGGGAGCAGGGCCAGAAGAUUUCAGCAAUCUCCCACCUGAGCAAAGAAGAAAGAAACUUCAGCAAAAAGUUGAUGAACUAAACAAAGACAUUCAGAAGGAGAUGGAUCAAAGAGAUGCCUUAACAAAAAUGAAAGAUGUGUAUAUCAAGAACCCACAGAUGGGAGAUCCAGCGAGUGUGGACCACAGAUUAGCAGAACUUGGACAGAACAUUGAAAAGUUACGAAUAGAAGUUCAGAAAUUUGAGGGCUGGCUGGCUGAGGUGGAGGGCAGGUUGCCCAUGCGGACUGAACAGGCCCGACGACAGAGUGGACUGUAUGAAGCCCAGAACUCUUCAGCAGUAAACAGCUGUGCACAGGACCGGGAGAGCAGCCCGGAUGGCAGUUACACAGAAGAGCAAAGUCAGGAGACUGAGAUGAAAGUACCUGCAACAGAUUUUGACGAUGAAUUUGAUGAUGAAGAACCUCUGCCCACUAUAGGAACAUGUAAAGCUCUAUAUACAUUUGAAGGUCAGAAUGAAGGAACAAUUUCUGUAGCAGAAGGAGAAAUGCUCUAUGUAAUAGAGGAAGACAAAGGUGAUGGGUGGACACGAAUCCGAAGGAAUGAAGAUGAGGAGGGUUAUGUCCCUACAUCAUAUGUUGAAGUCUAUUUGGACAAAAAUGCCAAAGGUGCUAUGACUUAUAUUUAAUACUACUAUUACUACUUUAUUUGCUUUCAGAGAUAUCCAACCCUGUAACUGCUCUAUGUUGCGGAUAGAGCUUUUUAAAGGAUUGCACAAUGCCACAAAGUGCAUUAUUUUGUACACAGACUAAUAUGACUUGCUGUACUGCAAAACGUGCUUUUUAUUGAUCAGAGAAGAAAGGAUAGUGUAAAAUUAGAGGGGAAAUGCAGCCUUUCCUAGAGAGUGCUUGUUCAACAGUAACUGCCAUUGCACAUCCACCUUAGUGCAGGAAACAAGGCCAUUUUGAAUAUUUAUGGGCUCUCUCUAUAUAUAAUCUAGGUGGUAUCUUAUAGCUACAUCUCGGUCAUAUUCACAACUGUUUGUCCCAAACUGAUUCAGUGGAAAGUUAUAUAUGAAAUACUUAGACUGCUGUUUUGUGUCGCAGUGUGAUAGCUUUUCAGAGCCUAAUGUACUCUGUGGAGACUUUGAAUUGAAACUUGGUCAUCAUUUAGUUUGUUAGUGCAUUUAGUAGGGGAAAAAGAUCUUGCCAAAACCUGUCUACACAGUACUCUGUGAUCCUUGAUAAAUCAGUGAAAAAAUGACGUUAAGGAAGAUUCCUUAUUCUUUCCCUCCUUGACACAUUUCAAAAAACGGUCUUUGGGAUGUAUUUGCCAUUUCAGUUUAAAAACAGUUAUUUCAGAUGAACCACAAGUAAUGGUUUUGUCUUCUGCUCAUAUACAAUCAAUGGAGACAUUCUGAGCCUAGGCUCAUGUAUCUUCUGUUUCUCUUUGCUGCUUUUAACACCUCACAAAUAAGGUGUGUUGUGUAAGCAAGUAGUGCACGUAGGGGAAUCCUGGUUAGAAUAUAUGCUAGCGUCAUGAGCACCUGGUAAUGUGAUACACUGAGAAAUCAAAAGAUUUUAGUCCUUUUUGAAAUCAGGAUGUGUUUGAAGUUUGCUGUUAAAUAGUUUAUGGGUUUUUCAGUCAUUUAAUCCUUCAAGUUGUUGUCAUCUUUCAUAGAUCCUAAAAAUUCUUAGUGUGAAACAACCAGCCUCACCCAAUUUAAAAGAAAGCUGAAGCAUUCUCAUUGGGGAUUAUGGACAAUAGGAAGAGAGUAGUGAGUAGGCUUUCUCUGUGGACAAUGCCAUAACUUAAUCAGCUUACUGUUUCUGGAUUCAGUAUUAAACAGUGCUGGUGCCAUGUCUGUGGCAGAUGAAAGCCUGGGGUCUUGUUUUAUUUUGCCGUAAUCCAAUAGUCUUAUAUUUGUGUUGGCAAAGAGAGGGUCAGUUGAGAUACAAAAGAGUGCAAAAAACUCCUCCAUCUCGGGUCUGUUUUUAUUAACCUUGGAAAGGCGGACGUGGGUUGUACAUUUUGCAUGCUUCAUUCUCAGAACGAGGCAGAAAGCACAGAAUGAGAGAUCCCACUAGUCAUCUCUGUGUUCUCUCCUAUGGAGAUUAAGUGCAUUGUGUGUGACAGUAGUUGCAAGCAACAUUAUUGUUCUGCUGCAAAAUUUGUUGGUCAGCAUUGCAGGCUGCUUGAAACAGCUAAGCUAGUGUGCCAUCUAAAUCUACCUUAAGUAACAAGCGUGGCUUUCUUGGCCUCAGAUAAGCAGCAUGGUACACAUCAGUGAAACGUUAUCGCAAAUCACCUGCUUAUGAGCAGAACAGCAGAUUGGAUGGGAAAUGAAGCAAAGCGUAUCGCUGGGUGGGGUGAGAAAUCCUGACACAGUGCUGUUAACUGGAACUAGCAAAACUUUAUCUGUAACUCAUCCUCAUGGAGAGAGUACUGCAGGAGCAUCACAACACCAGCCAGCAAAUGAUAUUAGUACAUUAAUGGUAUUAUGUAAAUUAUAGGAUUAUGCUCAGUGACUGUAAACAUGCAGGCUGCGCUGGGAGUGACUGCUGAUACAGUUGCAGCCAUUUCUGUACCAACUCUGGGGGAUUUUUUCAAUACUUUUAAGUUUUUUCUAUUAAUUUUGCUGGACUUUGGCAACAAAACCAAAUGUGUGUGAGAGUAUCUAAUGUAAAGGGGCUAUAAUAUUUAGUUUUUUGUUUUUAAACUCAAAUCUCUUAUUAAGAAGAAAAACUAGAAGAGGACUUCCCAUAAGAUGUCACAGUAGCAGUGUAAAGAUUUGGGGAAAAUGCUGCUGUGUUUAAAAGACAAAUCUUGUUGCAAGUUGCAGAUUUCUCAUUUGAUUUUAGUAUAUCAGUGGAAGUGUUUUUAUUUAGCCUUGAAUAUUUAAAAUCGAAACAGUGACUUUCUUGAAAAUGAAACUAAGUGCUAAAGCAUUUACAAGCUUUGCUAGUUCUUUCCUAUUUUUGGAAAUAAAUUUGGGCAGCUAGUUAUCUCUAAAUGUUAGCUGCAAUGAAAUGCAAGGGCAUUCACACCAACACUGAGUAAAUUCAUGGCUCUUCUAGCCAGCAGAAUCAAUAUUGGCUCAGGUGUACUCGUGUGACUAAGUUGUGCCUGUGUUGCAAGCAUGAUGUAGCUUUGCUUGAGAAACGCGACUCUUAAACGCUUUGUGAAAGCCCCCCCUGGGAACCGCUGUGCUUUUUCAGUCAGCUAAGCCUGUGUUGUCAGGGGUUUACUGCUGCUGUACCUGAGACGGUUAGCAAAGGUAAGUCGUGUGCUGCAGUCACCCUGCUGAUUGUAGUCUGCAGACCUAGCUUGGCUUGUGUAAAUAUUCCUGCAAAUGCUUAUGUAAGGGCUGUUUGCAAAGUUUACAGGGGUACCUCCAGUGAGGGGGUUUUAGGAAACCCUAUCGCAAAAAGACCAGUAAUGUCUAUCUUGUUUUGCCUCUUUUUUUUUUUUUCCCCCAGAUAUGUACAAAUCACUUCAGAAAAUAUAUGAGUAGGUUUGCAUAGGCCUGUUCACCUUUUAUUCCGCUGGUUUGCUGCUGCAAUUGUUUUAAGAGAUCUGUUACAGAAGGUUUUCUUUAGAAGAGAUGAAUGCACGUGUCAUAUCUCCAUCGUUGAAAGACUCUGUUAGGUACAGUUCACUCAGCUGAUGCAUGUAUAGGUUCUCAUCUUAAAUUUAAAUGUGCAUCACUACCAGUGAAAAUACUGGCCCAGUUGUAUGAAUUUAGUUAUAAACAGCAUUCUUGUCUUUCCUAAUAAAAAUGAGAGGCAACACAGUCAGUUCAUUCUCUUUGUGACACAUGCAGGAAACAACUAUAAAUGCUAGAAAUGUAGAAGCUAAGAACUGGAUUUCUUAGAUACAAACUCUCAUGUGUUUGGGCUUAUGCCAACCUAUAACUGCUAGAUUAUGAGGAACAAAAUUUCCAUGUGCACACAUUGCCAUAGCUUGUUGCAGGGCUUUUCUGCACCACUACCCUGCUCCCACCUGCUUGAGUAUCUGAUGCUCGUCUAAUACUGGAACUCGCUGGACCUUCGGUUUGCUCAAGUCUGACUGUGCUGUGUUAUUAGAUACGGUACCUCAUAAUCUUCUUGGGAACAAAACUCUCUUUCAAUAAGUGAAAUUGUGAAAUAAAGCGUGAUACACAAAAGAACUUGCAUAAAAUAACCAUCUUUAUAUAAACUCCCUGUUUUGCCCAACAAAAAUGCCAUGUUUGCUUCCACUAGAAGGACUGGCUGUUUGGGUGACCUGGCACAAAUAGAGACUGUUUUGUGAAGUUCUAUUUCCCGAAACAAAUGUUGGAGCCGUGGGCUGCUUAGCAUUGCAGCUCCUUCGCCGCUAUGGGUCUGUUCCUCUCCACCCCGCGCAAUUAUAUAAAUAAAUCCUUAUAGAUAGCUCUGUGAGUCUCAGUGUUGCAGCUCUGCUCUUUGUUUGCUGUAACCGUUACACAGAGCCUUGACUUAAAUAAGUUAACCAUGCUGAUGCACUUUUUAUCUAGGAUAUAUCUGAUUAUUUAAUGCUUGCCAAAUGAUUUAGGAGAUAGUAAUUAUAAACUGGACUGUGGCUUUUUUUAAAUCCCUUUUGUUAAAUACUUGUCUUGUUUCUCCUAGUUUAAAAGAAAUUGUAUAUAACAUAACUUAAAAACUAAAGUUACUUGAAUUUCAAUUGUUUUUAUUCUUUUUUUAUAUAUAUAAAAAUGGUUUUAUUGGCUGUUCUUCUACUUAACCUAACCAUUUUGAUAACUACUCAGUCCCUCUUAUGUUGAUAAGCUUUUUUGGUUACUCAACUGCCUGCAUCUGGACUUAUGUAGAAACUUCUGUUUUGUGCUAAAGUGUGUGAAAUCUGGCCAAUGUGGCUGUUCUUUUUCUAUUAUUAUUUUUUAAAAAUCAUUAUCUGUCAGGUCUCUCCUUAUAGCUUGCUGUACCAUGGUGUCGUCUUCUAAUAAACAUUUUAUUUUCUCA